UCCUUUCUUCCUUAAUCUUCCUUCAACUAUAUAGUACUAAUUCUUAAUUAUCAAUUUCUUAAACCCAUUUAACACUUCUUAAUCUUGUUUCUUCCUCUCUCUUUUCUUUUUCGAUUUCCUUAAUUCUUGUCUUGACUUUUGAUUACUUAUUCCUAAUUAAGCUUUCUAAACUAGCAAACACCAACAUCAGCAAAAGCUUCCCCUGUUUUUUCAGAAAAACACAGAAAACAAUAUAACAGAUCGAUCGACCAUGGGUAGAAUUCCCUGCUGUGAGAAGGAAAACGUAAAGCGAGGGCAAUGGACACCUGAAGAAGACAACAAACUCUCUUCUUACAUUGCCCAACACGGCACCCGGAAUUGGCGCCUUAUUCCUAAGAAUGCUGGUCUACAAAGGUGUGGAAAGAGUUGUAGGUUGAGAUGGACAAACUACUUAAGACCUGAUCUUAAGCAUGGACAGUUCUCCCAAGCAGAAGAAGAAACUAUUAUGAAGCUUCAUGCUGUUGUGGGCAACAGAUGGUCACUAAUUGCUGCUCAACUUCCCGGCCGAACUGAUAAUGAUGUCAAAAACCAUUGGAACACCAAGCUUAAGAAGAAGUUAACAGGAAUGGGAAUUGAUCCAGUUACACACAAGUCUUUCUCUCACCUAAUGGCUGAGAUUGCAACCACACUAGGACCCCCACAGGUCGCCAACCUAACCGAGGCGGCCCUCGGGUGUUUCAAGGAUGAAAUGCUCCACCUCCUCACCAAAAAGCGGGUUGAUUUCCAGCUACAACCUACCAGUUCACAGGGGGGAAAUAUGAACUCCGCCUAUGGAAUGAAUAAUACUAAACCAGACACCAAGGAAGAUACUGUAGAGAAGAUUAAACUUGGAUUAUCAAGAGCUAUUCAACAACAACCAGAUAUGAUACUCUCAAACAAGCCCUGGGAAUUGGAAACUACUAAUGUAGGAGCAACACAAACUCAUGUUAAUGGGGGUUGUAAUGCAUUUACUGCAUUUCAGUAUGGUCAAUCUGCUUUUGUUGCUGAAGAAGAUGGAUCACCAUGGAACCAAAGCAUGUGUUCCACGGCAGGAGACCAAUUAGGGCAUUUGAAACUCGAAGAUGAAAAUGGUGAAGAGUCUGAAGGUGGAAAGGAGAUUAGAAACGGAUCUAGCUUAUUCAGUACUGAUAGUAUUCUGUGGGAUUUGCCAUCAGAUGACCUAAUGAACCCCAUGGUCUAGGGUUUCCGAAAAGGAAGAAACAAGAGAGAGAGAGGGGGAGGGGGUUGCAUAGCCAGUCUUUGAGAAAUAAUGGAUUUUAUUAACCUCAAUAUUAUAAAUGUAAAUAAGCUACAUUUACGGAGGAUUUAGUAUAAUUACCAUCUAUAUAGCCUAUUCCUAUCAGUGAAACUUCAAGCAAAAUAUGAUGAGGAAGAUGAUGUAUCAGCAAGAACCUGCGAUGUGGUACAUAAUUGAUGUAAGCCCACUAAUUAGGGAAAGAUACCAAUAAUAUCAAACAAUGUAUGUUUCAAGGUCUAGUCAAUAGAAAUUCUAUUGCUACAAAA